CGUGUGUAUAGGUAUUUUCUUAUUUUGUCGGUCAAUUUUAACCAACACUUUGUCUGAUUUAUCAUUGUGUUAAACAAAAAGUGUUGGUAUUCCUAUAGUUUCCUAUUUAGAUGUUUUCUUUGAUUAGGUUUUUUGUUCCAUUCCACUGACGACAAACAGCCAUCUAAAGAUAAGAUUGCAUUUUCAUUUUUAUUUAAAAGUAUUGUUCUGUAGAAAACUAUCACUGCACUGAAUUUGAUUACGAAUUAAUCAACAACAAAAAAAUAGAUAAGAUAAGAAAUGCUGAUAAGUUUCCAAAAGCUCUAAAGAUUUGAGGCACUAACCAAAAAAAAAGUUUUCAUUUCCAUCGAAUGGAAGUUAGUUUACAUUUGUAAUUCUUGAAAGAAAGGUCAAACAUUUCUAUGGGGAGAUGAUUGUGAGAGAAGAACUUGCAAGACUUUAGUGUACCAUAACUUAAAAAUAUGGCAAUUAAAUUAAAUUUUAUUACUUUCAUAAUUUUGUUGUUGAUUGCAAGUAAAGAAAUUAAUGCAACUAAAACGGAAACGGAAACGGAAACAGAACAUUGUCCAUCAUAUUGUAAAUGUGAUUUAUAUGAGAAUUUAAAUCGAGCCGACUGCAGUGGACAACAAUUAAUUACACCAAAUGUCGAAGUACCAAGUGCGGUGGAGUUACUUGAUUUGUCACACAAUGACAUCACUACAUUGGAUAAUGUCUGUUUUGAGGGCCUCAUCUACGUUAUAAACCUAACCAUCACCCAUAAUGCACUCCACACAAUUUACUUGGACGCAUUUAGCUCACUUCGUGAAGUCAAAUUCAUCGAUUUAUCACACAAUCGUUUGGAAUAUUUUGACGAACGAAUAUUCGAAGCAAACACCAAGCUAACAUCUCUAAAUCUAUCAAGCAACAAAUUCAUGUCACUUCAAAAUAAACCCCUCCUCCGGAGUUCAUCAAUUAAAUAUCUCAACUUAAAUAAUGCACAAAUAACAUACAUCUAUCCUCAAAUGUUUAAAGAAAUACCCAAUUUGAAAGAUGUUGAUAUUUCAAAUAAUCUUAUGAUAACUCUUAGUGCUACAGCAUUCAAUUCAUUAAAAAACUUGCAAAUACUUAAUUUAGAACAAAAUCGUUGGAUCUGUGAUAAUGGUUUCGAUGCUACCUUAAAGCUAUUGAAACGAAAAGGAAUCGAAACAAGACUGCAUUCGUGUGAAGUUUUUAAUAUAAAAACUGAGGGUCGGUAUAAUAAUGAACCUCAUAUUAUGUUUGAAAGAAUGAUGGCAGCACCUAUGCCGUCGUCACCUUCAAUUGAAACUGAACCUGAACCUAAGGAAUUUAUUCCAAUUGAAAAUGUAUGGAAACCCAAAAAACCAAUUGAUCAAGAUUUGAUUGAAGCUGAAGCUUGUGAAGAACAAAGUCUUGUCAAGAUUUGCCAUCUACAUCGCAGUUGUUUGGCAAAUUUGAGAAUUUUGAUAAAAGACAAGACCGCUGGAGAGGUCAUCAAACGAGGAAAAUAUACCGAUGAUGAUUUAAAGUUUGUAUUCUUCACAGGAAUCGCUCUGGGAAUUGCCAUAUUUAUCUGUCUCAUGACCUGUGCACUUUGCAUUAAACGAUGCUUUAAUGUUCAAAAGAAUUUUACACAGAGGCCAAACGAUGUUGUAACCACUGUUACAUAUCGACGACCCAUUCCAGCUGCAGCACCAAUAGUGCCACCACGACAACGUCGAUCAAAUCGAAGAUCUCGAAACGCUGUACCACCUUUAAAUCGAUCACUAUCAAGUCCGGUCCGUCGAGGACCACAUGCCGAUGGCAAUCAAAGUGACUUUGCUACAUUUAUAACUAGGUUUUUCGAAAGACCUACAAGGCAUCAAUAUUAUCGGACGAUAAAUGAAAAUACAGCUCAUAUGAUUCGAAGAUUGAGUCAGAGUAAUUUGUUUAACAAUCGUCGUAGUAGAAAUUUUAACGAAACAACAACACCGAAUAGCAGUGGUGAAGGAGAGCCAUUUGUAUAUCCUUUGGCUAUUGAAAGUAGAGCGUCUCUGGACGAACCGUUGGUGCAUCAACCGACAGGAAGCAGAUGGGAAGAGCCACCGGCUCGUCCUGAAACACCACCACCUGCCUAUGGUGAUGUUGUAAGACCCAAGAGAGACAAUUAGUGGUUUUAUAAAUAAGAAAUUAGUUUAAGACCAUAG